AUGGAAGAAACAGAGCUUUACUUUGCUUUUGGGUCAAAUCUGAGCGCAAUAAAAAUGCGGGAACGCGGCACUAGGUUCAUCUGUCACGAAAGCGCAGUGCUUCGAGGAUUUCGCGUCGUAUUCAGCAUAUGGAAAGACGAUGGCUUUGGUUAUGCUAAUAUUAUCCCAGAUAAGGAGUCGACCGUUUAUGGUGCCUUGUACAUCUGUUUAAAAGGAAGUUUAGCCAAGUUAGAUGAACACGAAGCUGGGAGGCUUCGGAGAGUGAACGUACAGGUGGAACGAAAAAGCGGCGAAAUCGUGGAUGCGACAGCGUAUCAAGCGUAUGAAAAGUAUGUUAAAAAGGGGCUAAAACCGAGCCAAAUUCAUCUCAAUGAAAUACUUGAAGGAGAGGAUCUUAUUCCUAAAGAAUAUGCUGACUACUUUCGAAACUUCUUGCAUGACAAAACUGAGAAGCAAAGACUGACGAAAUCUUUUUAAUUCAGUCAACAAUCAUUGAUAGAAAACUCAAGAGAACAUCAAGCUUUGAAGUUUAUCCGUGUAAUGGAUUGACUUAUGAAUGUAUUUAAAUUGCAAGAUUUUAUUCCGGUUUAUGUUUUGAGAGGUGAGUUGCUGGGGGUUAGUUGGUCAGUCAGGGAAGGACUAUUAGAAAAGUAAUGGGGGGCGUGGUGGGGUUGUUUUGCCUCGCAAGAAUGUUUUCUGCCCGAUUGCCUGUGGAGGAACUUUUUUGGAGUGCAACCCUUUCUAGGAAUUGUUGGGCAUUAAAUUAAUUGAAAAUGGCGUUGCUUUGUUUUAUUACAGAGGUUGUAUUUUCAACGUGACUUUCACGAGAAUGCCUCAAUACCGAGCCACGACUCGGGCCAGGACUCCAGCUAGGACUUUUCUAUUUUUUUCUGUAGGCAAAAAGAGAAUAACUAAAAAUAAUAAAUAAACAAAUAAAACCUACCCUAACCUAACCUAACCUAACCUAACCCUAACCCUCCCUUCCAAGAUUGCCACGAGAACCCUCCUCUAAAUGGUUAUGUGACUUGCAGGAGGUGAAAAUGGCGGGAAAGCAAAAAAUUGUCGAGUCCUACCUCAAGCGUCGAGUCAUGGCUUUGAUGUUAGUUUAACUGUGCAAAAAUGUGUGCUGCACGUGAAUUUUUUUUUGUUUGCUAAUUAGAUCUACUGAUUUUGUUGCCGUUCUGCCAUAAGAAGUGAUCUUAAACACCAGCACAGAAAAAAUUCUUUCCUUGAUUCAAGAAUUCCUAGCAACAGUCUUUUAAACUUGUCACGUGCUCAAUUUCCAGUAUCGGAAUAUUUAAUUGGAUUGGAUCUUUGGAUCCUGAAGUAAAACCUUGGAUCCGGAGUAAUAACUUUGGAUCCCUGGCAAGAACUUUGGAUCUCAGAAAUAAAAACCUUGGAUCCAAUUGAAAAAAACUGUGGGGUCGGGGAAAACAGCUAUGCCGGAUAAUGAAAUCCAUGUUGGUUGGAUGAAAACUUUGGAUCCGAAAUAAAAUCUUUAUUUUAUUGCACUUUUUUUUACUUUGCUUAGAAUGGCAUUUCAGAACAAUUCAGACCCAUACUGAAGUAACUCCUGAUUAGAUCGUCUCUCUCCGCUAUUCCAUGAUCCAAAUCACCACCCACCGAUAUAAGGCGGCAGGACGGCGCUUGAUAAAUGAAUCAACGCAAAAAGCAAAGAGACUUGCAGCAGAUCAAAACACAUGUGCGCCAUUUUUGUAUAUUACUUUCUUGAUCUUCGACGUUUCAAAAGUUAUCGCGCGAUAAAUUUCUCAGUCAAAGAAAACUUUAUCGCGCGCCCGAGUUGUCUCAGACAAAGUAAAUUUUAUCGCAAGAUAACUUAGCGAAAAAAAUAUAUAUAUUGUAAUGUCCGCUAUGGACCACCGUAGAUUCCUCAUCGGACAUGAUGCCCAGCGGUAGUAGAAUGCGCACUGAAUGCAGAAAACGUGGCUCAUCAAAGACCUUUUGUUGAUUGAUAGUGAUGGACGACUGUCAGAUGUCAGAUGUUCGAUAAAACGCUGAACGCAGAGAAGCUAACAAAUGAGUCACAACUCCCUCAAACUGACCCGUCAAAAACUCACAUGGUAAAACUGAGAAAAUGUUAUAAAGGAAAUAAUAAUAACCCCAUCUGAAAGAUGAAGAAGGUGAAAGUUUGCAAUUGACAUAUCAAUAACCGAUGAGUCUCAACACAAGCUAAAGUUUCGUUACGUCCACGGCUAAGAGUCUAAGUCUAAGUUGACCAGAAAUAAAUUCCAGACUUUCUUUUCUCAGAGCUCCCUAAAACUUUUCUCAAAACUCAAGAGAACAUUUAGGGCUUGCGUUUCUCAAAACGUCGAUGAACAUUUAGGGCCAGAGAAGCAUUUUUCAAGUCGGUUUAGUAGCAGACGGGACUCGCGUUUCUGUUGAGAUUGGGACUGGAUUUUAAGGUUAACUAGCGUAAUGUGUUGGGCGAGAAAGCGGCUAACACUUCACGCUUUCUUGUUACAAUACCUGAAUGAUAAAUUCUCUCUGACAUCAAAUGUCAGACGAGCUAUGUCAUAGGGAUUUAGACGUUUUUUUUUCGUCAAAAGUGCCUCAAACAAAAAUUGCCGCCUACCUUCUCCACGUAAAUGUACACUAAAUGUUAUAUCUAUAAGAGGAAAACUGAUAUGAAGGGGAUUUUAGAAGAAAAAUAAUCUAAAGGACGUUUCUGUAUGAGGCAGCAGAUUCCUUUCAAGUUUAAAAUAAUCGUUUGGUCAUCAGAGUAAACUUCAAGUUAAAUGAGUCACCAGCGCGAACAAUCCAAUAAAAGCGCAGUUUCUGAUUAUAAGCCCUUACUAAUAGUCUUUAGUAUAUACUAAAACAGUGAAUAGUGUUUUUCGCGCGCUCUGAUUGGCUACUCAAUCAGUGAAUAUCCUGCACUAUUCACUGAUUCACCUCCAGUUCCUUCGAGCGAGCGACGUCAAACUCGCGUAGGUUGCGAGCAAAAUGCUUUCCCGGUUUGCUGCUGUAACAAACUAAGAAAUUUCACAACUAAUCAAGCAAGCUAUUUCCGAAAUACAUGAAAAAGGUGACGAAGUUCGGUUUGGAAGUUUUAACAGGUAAAGCUUUGUUUACAAAUGCAAAUUAAGCUUAAGUCUUGCGUUACUUUAUUUAGUUGACUUGUUCAUAAAUAAGCUUAAAACUAAAUUUAAUAAUGUUUUUUACAGAAUUAUUUUAAAUACAAACAGAAUUCACAAUUCCUUUUGAAGAAACUUUCCCGUAAGAGCGAAACAAACGCCUUCAAAAGUUUUAUUUGUCGCUAAGAAAAAGCGACGACCGCGGCCGUUCGGUCAUCGCGCGCCAAAAUUGCCAGAAUCGUUGGCAACAGUAAAUGAGUUAAAAAUCAUCAUUUUGUGCUCAAUUAUCUCACUGUUUUAGUAUAUACUAAAACAAUUAUUCACCUCAGUGUCGGUGGCUAGUAUUGGAUAUUUACCUCGCCGCUUCGCGGCCUCGGUAAAUACCUAAUACUAGCCACCUCCACUUCGGUGAAUAAUUGUUAUCUAGCCAACCCUACCCUACCUUAUACUACUCCCAACCCUACUAAGCACCCACCAUAUCUAGUUCAAUAAUACACAUAAUAGGGGUAACGCCUUUGAAGGGUUUUAUUUUUUUAUUAAUUGUUUUUGCUGAAAUCGUUUUAUCCUAGGCAAGAUCAGGCAGAAGGGCACAAAUCUCAGCUCUCUAUGUAAGUUUAGAACCCUUUUUAUAAUAUCGACAUUGACAUUGGGGACGAAAUCGUAAUGUUUAUAUUUUGGCACAUCCAUUUACCAAGACGCAAAUCUUUUUAAACGCCUCCCUAUUAUUAGACUAUGAGUAGUCCCCAUUUUUCCUCAGGGAUAGUAGAGCGAGCGAAACGCGACCGCGCGUGAAACUCACUCCACACUCUCUACCUCUGCGUCUCGCCUUUCCUCGCGUGGGGAGAUUUUCACGUGCGCUCGCGUGUCGUUCGCUCUAGUCUCUCUGAGGAAAAAUGGGGACUUUUCGUAGUCUACCCUAUUAUUGACUUUGGACAUAAAAGAGGUCCCUCUCAAAACUUAAAAUAAAUUAACACACACCCCAGGGUUUUAAUGGAUCUUUUACGGUAUAGUUCAGUUUAAGGGUAGGAACGUCGUCCCCUUAUUCAUUGUCAAAUCUUCCUUUGUGCCCCUUUGAGAUUAAUUAACUAGGAACUUCAAACGGGCAUAGAGACGGGGAACGUAUUGAUUUUCAAGGAAUAUAUGUCAAAUAUUUCACGUGAAAAAAAAUAUUCUGGAACUGAGGGAGGUUGUCCAUAUUUUAAUCAUGCAAAGAUUGUGUUGAGGGCUUGUAAAGCUCGCUAGGCUUUGAAACUAGAGGACCAAGACUCUGUUCUUUCUCUUUAAGAUAGCAGUUUAAUCUUCAACAGCUACUUACAACAACUCUACAAUCUCUACUAGCUUACACAGCGAAUUAAAUAACCAAAUUGUAGACUUAGUUUGGGUUAGCUGACCGGAAGAGUUUCUAUUGAAUAUUUUAUCGCCUAUAUUGCAACAGGUUUGCUAUAGUUAGAUAAGCCUACACAGCCGCAACCGAGAAGCACCAAAGAACCAGUUCAAUGCUAACAGUAAAACUGCCCAGAAGGACUAAAUAUACAAAACAAGAACUCGAUUGUGGGUAAAACUCAAGGUCAGCGGUACUCCCCAAACAAGCCUACUUCAAAGAAACAAAACUAAGCUUAACAAACACUUCAAAUGGAUAAUACUAGACAAAAACUCGGGAACUAACCAUGUGGGGAAAUACACUGAAUCUCUGAGUCUCUAAGUCUACAGAAGUCUAUAAACUGUUUAUCACGAAGCUAGCAAAAUCUUAAAAAUAGCAAAACUGAAAAACAAAACUAAAGGCAACUACCUCAUAACAAUUGCAACUGGUUUGUGCGCUUUCAUAUUUGCUGGGGGCUGAACAAUUUAUAACAGGUAGACAAAGAUACAGUCAAACCUCUAUUAACCGGACACCAGCGCAUUUCCAAAGGUUCUAACGUUUAAUCGGUGAAGUCGCAGUAACGGAAUGAGACAAUCUGAAAACAACGAUUUGCUUUUUAGACAAACUAUCCCAAUUUAUUUCUCCAUUUUAUAGCCGACGCUUCGCUAAAAAUAUAUAAAAAUGCUAGAAAUCCGAUUUCUUUUGAUAUAAACGUAGCUAGAUCCGUGAUUUAAACGCCGGAAGCAGCGGGAGAAAAACCAAUGCUUGCUUUAACAGUAACGUCGUACCUCAUGUAUGAGUAUUUUAUGCAGGCCACCACUGCUUGGCACUAA